AUGGGAAAUAGAGCCACGCGCAACUUUGCCCCAUUGGCUCGGGCAUCUGUGCAGGCCAACCGAUGCUUCAUCUCCAGCUCAUCUGCUAUGGGCCUUAAGGCGCGGGGCACCGCGCGAUUCGCCGUGGCGACGCGGGGCUUCGGAAGUUCUGCCAAGGUCGCUGUGAUUCAGGACCAGCAGAUCCCGAAAGACGAG